AUGAAAUUUAUUAUAUUACUAGUAUUCACAUUUUGUGUGAAUGCUUUAAUGUUGAGAAGUGUAAAAGACAAAAUUACAGAAGGAGUAAUUUAGGUAAUUUAAUGAUUAUAUAUAUACAAGUAAAUAAGAGAAUAAAUAAAGAAUCCCUAAAGCUAAUAUUACCAUUCAGCUUAUAAUAGAUUAGCAUAUUAUGUAGAUACAUUUGGUCCAAGAUUAUGGGGAUCUGAGAAUAUGGCUGAUGCAGUAGAUGCACUCUAUAAAGAUAUUGAGAAAAUGGGAUUUGAUAGAGUAUGGAAAGAGAAUUUGGGUGAGAUCACAUCUUGGAUGAGAGGAGAAGAAAGUGUUACAUUAUUCGAGCCAAGAUAAAUUCCUUAGAAAUUGAACAUGAUUGGUCUUGGAUGGACACCUGCUGGAGUUGUGAAGGGUGAAGUUGAAGUUGUUCAUUCAUUUGAAGAAUUGAAAGAGAAGGAUGUGAAAGGAAAGAUUGUAUGUUUCAAUUUUGAAUGGAAUGGAUAUGGAUCAGCUAUAGCAUUCAGAUUUGCAGGACCUGUAUUAGCAGAAAAAGCAGGAGCCAUUGGUACAAUGAUUAGAAGUGUGGCCAGCGUUUCAAUUGCAUCACCACAUACGGUAUAUAUAUUUUUUUUAAUUUUAAAAGGGAAUGACGGAUUAUGAAAAUAUUAAAUACCCUGCAGUUGCAAUUACUGUUGAAGAUGCUGAUAUGUUAGACAGAAUGAAAAAAAGAGGUUAAAAGGUUGUUGUGGAGAUCAAAACAGGAGGAUAGUAAUAUAAAACAACAAGUGACAAUGUCUUUGCAGAAAUCAAAGGAUAUAAAUAUCCAGAUGAAAUUUUAUUAAUGGGUGGCCAUUGGGAUUCAUGGGAUGUUGGAUCAUAGACAGGAGCUAAUGAUGAUGGAGGUGGUGUUAUUGUUUGUUUAGAAGCAUUGAGAAUCUUAAAUUCAUUAGGAAUUAAACCAAAGAGAACUAUAAGAUUUAUUGCUUGGAGUGGUGAAGAGAUGGGUUAAAACAAUAAUGGAGCAUUUCAUUAUGCUCGUAAUCAUGGUAAAGAUAAUCACAUCAUUGCAUUCGAAUCAGAUUUAGGAUCAACAAAACCAUAUGGAUUUGGAAUUACAGCUGGAUAAUAAUUUACGUAAUUUCUAAUUAUAUUCAUAGUUAAUUAGUUACAUAUUUGGCUUAAGAAUAUUUAACUGGUAUUGGAGCUGAACGCAUUUACCCAAAUGAUGGUGAAUCUGUUGACAGUGGUAUAUUGGCUGAUUUUACUGGAACUCCUAUGUUAAAUAAUAGAAUUGCAGAUAAUGAAAAUCAUGAUUUCUAUUUCACUUAUCAUCAUACUGCUGGUGAUUCUAUGUGGAUGAUGAAUCCAGAAGAUAUGGAUGAUAAUGUUGUUGCUAUAGCUAGUAUCAUGUAUUUAAUUGCUGAUUAUGAUGGACCUAUUCCAAAAGAUUGA